UAGAAACAAAAAAACAAACAUAUGGGUACUUCUAAAUGAAAUGCUCAAAAUAUUGUUUCAGUCUCUCUUAUUCAAUCUUCUUACUAUUUUUCCAAUCCGUUCUAUUUCGUUAGCUUGCAUUUGCUAACUCCAAUUCCAUUCAGAGCACGGAAUUGCAGAAAGGAGAAAUUGCCUUCUAAUGUAUUUAGGAGGAGCCAAGUAGGAGUUUCUACUGGAACUCCAUCCUAGGGUUACGCGGUUGAGAAACACUUUAAGCAGAAGAAAAUAAUGGGUUCUGGGAGAGCUGGAAAAGCUUCACGCACUGGAUCUGUAAUAUCAGCAACUAAUCCCUUAGCUAUGGAGAUCGAUAGAGAAAAUACACCUUCUACGGAUCAAUCAAAUAAAAAAUACUCCGUCAAUGUCUUGCAGCUUCUGAAGAUUGCACAAGCUCAACAUGGGUUGCGCCACGGGGAUUACACUCGCUACAGGAGGUACUGUUCUGCACGGUUGCGGAGGCUGUACAAGUCACUGAAAAUAACUCAUGGUCGUGGCAAGUACUCUCGAAAAGCUAUAACUGAGUCCUCUGUGACAGAUGUGAGGUUUCUUCAUGCAGUCCUUUACCUCGCAGAAAGGGCAUGGAGCUAUGCUAUGGAGAAAAAGCAAGUACCCGAUGGACCAAAUUCACGUCAACGACAACAUUUGAUUGGUAGGUUGAAAAAAGCAGUGAAGUGGGCUGAUCAUUUUAGCCAAUUAUGCAUAGCUAAAGGAGACUCCAGAACCUCAUUGGAGGCAACGGCAUAUGCAUGUUAUAUGAGGGGAAGCUUGCUAUUGGAGCGAGAACAGAAUUGGGAAACAGCUUUGAUGGAUUUUAAACGUGCUAGGGCUGUUUAUGAUGAGCUGGGAAAGUUUGGGGAUAUUGAAAAUCAGGUCUUGUGCCGGCAGCGUGUUGAAGAGCUGGAACCAAAUAUUCGAUAUUGUUUAUACAAAAUGGGACAAUCAAACAUAGAGAGUUCUGAGCUUCUGGACCUUAGCACUCAAGAAGGCCCAGCGCUUGACCUUUUGCAGGCAAAAUUGGAAGCUGUGAUGGCAGAGGCAAGGACUCAGCAGGCAGCAUCCAUGAAAGAGUUUCACUGGCUUGGUAGAAAGUUUCCCAUCAAGAAUGCAAAGACUCGUGUAUCUAUUUUAAAAGCUCAAGAAUUAGAAAAGGAACUUUAUGAUUCUUCAUCGAAUUCUCUAACAGCAGAAAAAAGGCUUGCUGUUUUUGAUAAAAUAUUUUCAGCAUAUCAUGAUGCUAGGCGAAACAUUCGGGAUGAUCUUGUCACUGCAGGUAAUACUGAAGAUGUGAAGGUGGAUCUCACUGGCCUUGAUAAGGCUGUUGGAUGUGUCAUAAUUCAACGGACUAUGGAGCGCAAUCAGCUACUUGUAAGUCUUGCAAAAAGUAAGCUUAGUCGUCAACAACAGGGCUUGCGUGAAGACAAGGGUGAAAAGAUGACAAAGCCAGAGGAGCUUGUCCGCUUAUUUGACAUUCUAAUUCAGAACACAACUGAUUUAUCUGAUUUAGUAACUUCUGGGAGGGAUAGGAAAGCAGAAGAAGAAGCAUUUGCUGAGGAGCUAGAAGUCAAGAGUCUGGGCUUCCAGGCAGAAAGGUGCUUUUUUGUGGCCAAAUCCUACAGCUUGGCAGGAAAACGCACAGAAGCUUAUGCACUUUUUUCUCGUGCACGUGAGCAUGCAGACUCCGCUAUACAGCGUUAUGAACGUCUGAAGGGUUCUUAUGUAUCUGCUGUGCAAGAACUGAAGGAACUAUCAAACCACUGCAGGACGCAAAGAUGUUUAGAGCAUGCAAUGGAAGUAGCAGAGGCAGGAAAGAUUCAAGAUAAACUUUCCAAAGGAGUUUCAGCAAUCACUUUAAAAGAUGCUGAAAAAAAGGUAUCUGCCAAAUAUCUACUGGAUAUGCUUGAUUCAUAUGAGUCAGCUGUGGGUGCAGCAGAAGCAAAAGAAACUCCUCAUAUUGUGAAAUUUCCUCCAUCAUUCCAAGCAGUUCCUUGCAAACCUAUUGUCCUAGACACUGCUAUAAAUGCAAUCAAGUUUCCAUCACUUGAAGAUCGUGUGAAGAAGGAAGAAAAGAGGAGUCUCUUUGGCCGGUGGUGGCGAUAGGCUGAUUUUAGAAAUAUUUCAAAUCGAAAAUUUUGAUGGUAUAUAGACCAGAACAUGUAUCUGGUCUGUUAAAAGUUAUUUAAGAAGUUGUAGGAAACAGUUUGCGGUUAAUGUGCUGAUCAACUGGGAUGUUGUAAAGGUAUAAGACGGAAUUAUUCUUAAGUUUUGCCGAAUAUCUUAUUUCAGCGUUGCACUGGAAAGCCAAUUUGUGGAAUCCUACUAUCAACUUGGUUAUAUUGUUUUAACAUGUGCUUGGAUUUUGGAGUCAGAAAGAAAUGAAGAAUAACAUCAAAAGCAUGCA